UCGUAACGAAAGCUUUCAUACAGAUCAGCUUGGUCUGUGUUUAGGAUCUGUGCCAAAAAUUAAAAAGCUUUCAUACCAGCUGUCAUCACACAUAAACACGUAAUUUUCCUCUCGUUCGGUGCGGUCGGUGCAGUGCACAACAAACGAGCAGCAGCACGCUACACAAGGUCAUCCGGUUAGUGUCAGCCUAAGUACCACCCACAACCACAAAAUGGCCGAUGACAAGCGGAAACGGGUCUCCUAUUGGUACUUUGGUGGUCUGGCUAGCGCUGGCGCUGCCUGCUGUACCCAUCCGCUGGAUCUGCUGAAGGUUCAACUGCAAACCCAGCAGGAGGGGAAAAUUUCGCUGCUACAGCUAACCGGGAAGGUGAUCCGAACGCAGGGUGUUCUGGCACUGUAUAAUGGUCUGUCCGCUUCGUUGCUGCGACAGCUGACCUACUCGACGACCCGGUUCGGAAUCUACGAGGUCGGUAAGCAGGCUAUGGGAAGUGAUACUGGCUUCUUCGGUAAAGCAGUGCUAGCGGGUAUGGCUGGUGCAGCGGGCGGUUUGGUUGGAACUCCUGCCGAUAUGGUGAAUGUGCGCAUGCAGAACGACAUCAAGCUACCGGCGGAUCAGAGAAGAAACUACAAACACGCUGUCGACGGGUUGUUCCGUGUUUUCCGCGAAGAAGGUUUCGCUCGCUUAUUUUCCGGUGCCUCCACUGCCACCUCACGUGCCGUGCUUAUGACCAUUGGGCAGCUGUGUUUUUACGAUCUGGUCAAGGACGCCCUGCUCCGCUCGGGUCACUUUGGCGACAAUCUGACGACCCACUUCCUGUCGUCGCUGACGGCUGGUGCGAUUGCGACCACCCUGACGCAGCCACUGGACGUGCUGAAAACGCGUGCCAUGAACGCUAAACCGGGCGAGUUCGCUAACCUGUGGGCCAUCGUCAAGUACACGGCCCGGCUCGGUCCGCUCGGGUUCUUCAAGGGUUACGUGCCGGCCUUCGUGCGUCUGGGACCGCACACCAUUCUGACGUUUGUGUUUCUCGAACAGCUGCGAAUGAACCUGGGCUAUCUGAAGCCGGAGCAGAAGCAGUAAGCAGUGUCCGUGACCGGGUGGACUCUUUGUUAACCCCACGGCAUGUGGGCUUGGUUUAUGUUGUUGCACUGUCUGUUUGUGUUUUAGAAUUACGGGUACUCAGUCUGUUAUCUGUUGUGUUUGCCGUAGCUAGAUGAUAAACAGUUGCAUUUCGGUUGCUUUUUCCGUUUGUCUCGAAGAACAAAAAUUGAAACGUUUGCCAAAGGCACUCUAUCCAUGGGAUAAGUUUCAAAAACUACUCAAUAAGGGCUGACUACAUGUGAGAACCAACGAAUCAGAACUAACAUUCCACUGACACUAGUUCGUUAUUAAGAGAACAGAAAGUUUUAUAUUUUUGUUAAUUAUGAGAUGAAAAAUGUGAAAAAAUGUUUAAUUAAUAAAAAGGUAUAUAGUUAUGUGUUUCAA